AUGCGUCGAAUUCCUUUCUCAGCAUCUGUCAUUUUCAUCAAUCCCGGAAGAAGAGUAUGUGCGAAGCGAAACGCCGCUGAAGCAAAAUUAUUAGCAAUUGCUGGAUCACCUCCAGAAGAUUCGCGCCCUCGCGUCUCCGGACAAGAAACAAUAUCUCCCACGCUUGUUCUCAACUUCUCUGUUGCAGCCGUCGUUGAAGUCCGUGCUUUGAGGCAAUAA